UAGAAGUAUCUGUUCUUCCUAAUCCAAGAUGAGAGAAUGAUCUUUUAAGGUAAAAAGAAAAGAAAUUCUAUCUAUUCCUUCAUCAUUGAAUUAAACCAAAUGACAGUUAUGAUCUGAUUUUGUUAUAUUUCCAGAUUGUGAUAGCAGUGUUCACUACAACCUCUUUUGAAAUCAAAUUAUUGAUCACAUCAUACUUACAAGUGCUUAUUCAAUUUUCUUAUCAGCAAAGCUUGGUUCUUUUAAUGAGAUAAGAAUAAAUUAGACAGAAAUCACUUGGUAGGAGGAAUUGUGCUUGAUCAUUUGGACUUCAUAUGUAUAUGCAGGUCCAGUUGCUAACCUCUUGUUAAAGUGUCUUGAGGGUUGUGGCAGGUAUGGGGAAGAUUAGGUCCAUAUGGGUAGCAAAUUUAGAACUUCAAAAGGAAGAAAAAGUAGGUCAAUGGUCAAUUUCCACCUAACGUAGCAGGGCUGACACCUUUAAUUUAAAUAAUUUAUUGAAUCUUCCUAGCAAUGCCUUACAUUGACUGGGAUCUUUAUGCUCACCAUUUCUCUCUCACCUUUCUUUUCUCUAAUGAAUCAUCCACACAUAAGAGCAGCAAGAGUUUACCCAUGAAAUGCAUAGCUAGGUUUUGAACACUUCUGUCAAAUACAUAUGAUCCGCCUGCUUCAUUUGCUUAUUUUUUUUACUAGUAUUAUUUUCAGUGUAUUCUUUUCCAAAUCUUGUGUUGCAAUAAUUUCCCUCUUGAACCUUUCUGCCCUCUAUAAGUUAAACCUGCAAGUAUUCUGUUAGAAAAGAAGACAAAUCGUAGUGAAAGUAGACUCCAUUUUUUAUAUUAUGGCUGUUCCCUUCUUGUAUUUGAUCUUUAUCACUCUUACUAGUGCUUGCUUUGGAAGUUAUUCAACCAUCAUAUUCAAUGGAAGUUAUUCAACUUCAAUGGCGGGGAGUGGUUUCUACCUUAAUUCAAGCCUUUCUCCAACAGGGUACAACAAGAAUUCAAUCAAUAUGACCGCAUGUCCUGGUGAUUCAUCAACAGUGAGAGUAGUCCCCUCAAGGCAGAACAGUGUUAGCUUUGUUCAAACCGUCAUAAGCUCUUCACACAAUACUGGUGGUGCUCCAUACGUCACAGCCAAUGGAAGCUCUGCACACAAUACUGGUGGUGUUCCAACAGCUGUCAUAACCAAUGGAAGUUAUUCAAUUUCAAUGGCGGGCAGUGCUUUCUACCUUAAUUCAAGCCUUUCUCCAACAUGGUACAACAACAAUUCAAUCAAUAUGACUAUAUAUCCUGGUGAUUCAUCAACAGUGAGAGUAGUCCUCUCGAGGCAGGACAGUAUUGGUUUUGUUUGUGGUUUCUACUGUAUUGGAACCUGCAGCUCUUACUUGUUCUCAGUCGUAGUAGUUGGAGAUAACACUUCCAGUUUGGUUUGGUCGGCAAAUAGAGACUAUCCAGUUAAAGAGGAUGCGAUCCUGGAACUGACAGGAGAAGAAGGGCUAGUGCUACAAGAUUCAGAUGGCACCAAGGUGUGGUCAACAAAUAUAUCCGGUAACUCCAUACUAGGAAUGAAUAUUACAGAAGCAGGAAAUCUUGUUCUCUUUGACAGUGAAGGAGCCAUGGUCUGGCAGUCAUUCGACCACCCUGUUGACUCAUUGCUAGUUGGGCAGCGAUUAUAUGAAGGUCAAAAACUGAUCGCAAGUUCCUCUUCCACCAAUUGGAGCCUUGGACCAUACUAUGCUACAUUAACAGCUAAGGAUGGCUUUGCUGUUUUUGUCCAAGAUGAUCAGGCCGAAACAUUGAUGUAUUAUCAGUUGGUGCCAGACAAAAAGCUAAGCAACAGUACUGGAUCAAAUUAUGCAGAGCUUCAACAAGAUGGGUUCCUAGUGAACAUGGGAGCGUCUCAAGUAACAUCUGGAAGAAAUCCAUAUGAAUUUCCACUUUAUUCUACCAUUGAAUUCAUAAAACUUGAGGGUGAUGGGCAUCUAAGGAUACAUCAACUAAGUAGCGGAAAGGGGUUCCAAACGAUUGUCGAUUUGAUUACAGUUGAUCUGGGUGUGUGCCAGCAUCCUCUCAUCUGUGGGGAAUAUGGGGUAUGCAGAGAAGGGCAAUGUAGCUGUCCUGAAGACCAUGAUGGGGUUCGGUACUUCCAUGAAACUCAGUCUCAAUUGCCUGAUCAUGGUUGCUCUAGAAUAACUGCAUUGUCAUGCGGACCUUCACUGGACCAGCAUCAUCUAAUGGAAAUAAAAAAUGCAACCUACUUCAGCGUUAUUGAUCUAGAUGCUGCAUCUCCAAAUAUCAAGGAUAUGGAAGAGUGCAAACAAGCCUGUCUGCAGAAUUGUUCUUGUAGUGGGGCCUUUUUCAGGUACGAGAAGAAUACUUCAGAUGGGUAUUGUUUCAUGCCAUCUAAAAUCUUGUCGCUGAGAGAAGAGCAUAUCCCCCACAACAAUUUCUCAUCUGCUACAUUCAUUAAGGUACAGAUUCCCUUUGACGCACCACCAAGAAAUAAAAGAAAUUUAGCAGCAAUAGUAGCUGGAUCUAGUGCAGGUGUCAUUUUCAUUAUUUGUCUUGCAAUUUUUAUAUACUUGGUGAUGCUGCGGAAGAGUAAUUCCAAAGAGGAUGGAGGUUAUAUCGUUCAAGUCCAUGUUCCAGGAAUGCUUGUGAGGCUCCCAUAUGAAGACAUAAGGUUGGCAACAGAAGAUUUCAAGGAGAGACUUGGCCAGGGGGGAUUCGGUUCUGUCUUCAAAGGAAUGCUAGCAGAUGGCACUAGAAUUGCAGUAAAGCGGCUGGACAAAAUGAGCCAAGGGAUGAGAGAGUUCUUAGCAGAAGUUGAGACAAUAGGGAGCAUACACCAUUUUAAUCUUGUAAGGCUGAUUGGAUUUUGUGCUGAAAAAUCAAACAGGCUUUUAGUUUAUGAAUAUAUGAGUAAUGGAUCUCUGGAAAAUUGGAUUUUCUAUGAUGGCCAGAGGCCUUGUCUUGAUUGGCAAACCCGAAAGAAGAUAGUACUUGACAUAGCCAAAGGCCUGGCUUAUCUUCAUGAAGAAUGCCGACAGAGAAUAGUUCAUCUGGACAUAAAGCCGCAGAACAUUCUCUUGGAUGAAAAUUUCAAUGCCAAAGUUUCCGAUUUUGGGUUAUCUAAGCUAAUAGACAGGGAUGAGAACCAAGUCCAUUCAAAAAUGAGAGGAACUCCUGGGUAUCUGGCUCCAGAGUUGAGGGACUCAAAAAUCUCUGUGAAAGCUGACAUUUAUAGCUUUGGUAUAGUCCUCCUCGAAAUAGUUAGUGGAAGGAAAAAUGUUGAUCGCAAUCAUUCAGAAUCCAGUUUUCAUAUGCUUAGAUUGUUGCAGAAGAAGGCAGAGGAGGACCGCCUGAUUGAGAUUGUGGAAAAUCGGAAUCAGGACAUGCAAAAUCACGAAGAAGUGGUGAGGAUGAUAAGGAUUGGGGCUUGGUGUUUGCAGGACGAUCCAACCAGGAGGCCUUCCAUGUCAGUUGUUGUGAAGGUUUUGGAGGGAGUACUGGAGGUGGAACCGAGCAUCACCUUCAAGUUUUUUCAUGCAAUAACUCCUACUUCUGUGGCCAACAACUGUGUUUCUUCUGCAGUUGAAGCAUCAGUUCUUUCUAAUCCAAGAUGAGAGUAUGACUUCUUGAGUCUUUGUUAUUGAAGCAAAAGAUACUACCAGAUUAGGACUAAGACCCAGCCAAGUUGAGCCGGGUAUUGGAUCUGAUCAUGUAUUGGCCCUAUCGGAUAUUUUGGAUUGAGCUAAAUUGUUGUAAAACCUAACGUUGUCUAUUGAAGCUUGGCUUGAUUAUUUGUUUA